UUUAAAAUAUAUUCAGACUGGAGAGUUAUUUUUCAAUAGAGCAGUUGUUUUAAAUGUCCUGUGAGGCACCCUUAAGUCAUGAUUUUUAUGUGACCCCAACCUGAUAUUCUUAUACUAUACUAUGGUGACAGCUUCACUGACAUUUUCUUAGAACAGCCCCAGUUCAUGCUUUUGUUAUUGGUGCUACAGACUUAGCAGCAAACACAUCCACAAAGGUCAGACACAUUUAUUAUGAUUGGUUUGUCCCUGAUGUCUUCAUAUCUGUGGUUACCUAAAGUUUUCUCCCACGGUACAAAAGCCUGCAGAUCAGGGACCUUGUGAUACUGUCCAGGGGUUUAUAUCGCCCCCAUCUGUUGACUACCGGGAUUGAAAAUUACGAACUAUUCACUUAAACCUCCAUGUUAAAUACAUCUGUGCCUCGUUAUCGUGGACUAUAACAAUAUUUCUGGCAUUCUCACUGUCAAAAGUUCUGAUAAAGUAAUACAUUUCUAGUGCAAUGCCCUGACAACAGGGACUCUACUGUGUGUGUGUAUGUGUGUGUGUGUGUUGUAGGUGGAGUUAGUGUGUUUUUAAAGUGACUGUAAAGUGAAACUCGAGGUCAAGGAGGGAGGGGGCAGCAGCAGCAGCAGACUUCCUAAAACACAUCUACACACACUUCUGACUCUCUGCUUUACGGCACUUUUCGUCAUGUUGUUGUUAUACUUUUUUCAACUUCCUCUCCACGCAGUGACCGAACACUGACUGCCGACGCUGUGCGGACCAGUGAAGAGCAAAACGCGGUCAUAUUUCCUGUAUGGAAACGGACAGACUGCUGGGCGGCUCGGUCGACGCAGCCUCCGAGGAUUAUGGAUCCUAUUCCGGGUCUGAGCACGCAGGGACCACCGGCAGGCGGCGGAAGUCCCAUUCAGUGACCGAGGAGUACUGCACUAUAGAGAGGGGCUCAGAAGCUAACGAGCUGUACGUCCAACAGGCCGUGGUGUUUAUAGAGGACGCCAUACAGUACCGGUCCAUCAACCACCGCGUUGACGCCAGCUCACUCUGCUUGUAUCGAUGGUACUACUCACGGAUCUGCCAGUGGGGCCUGGGCCUGACCAUCGCAGUCUUGCUGCUGCUGGCCUUUGUGGAGCGUCCGUCAUCUUUGUCGUCAACCUCAGACCUUCGACAUCGUCCUCCACCGUGGGAGCCUCCCUGCGGCCUGACUGAGAGCAUUGAGAUUCUCUGCCUAUUCAUCUUCUCUCUUGACCUCAUUGUCAAGAGUUACUUGAUUGGCUGGGAUGAAUUUAGGAAAAACAAAUGGCUUAUUGGUUACACCGCAGUUCUGUCGCUUUCCAUCAUUGACUGGGUGUUGUCUGUCAGCAUGGUGUGUGACGAGAAAUUGAGAGUUCGCCGAAUCGUCCGGCCUUUUUUUCUCCUGCAAAACUCCUCGCUGAUGAAAAAGACACUGAAGUGCAUUAAAAGGACUCUGCCAGAGAUCGCCAGUGUCAUCCUGCUGUUGGCGCUCCACCUCGCCCUCUUCACCAUGAUCGGGAUGCUGCUUUUUGCUAAAAAUGAAGACCCAGAGAAGAAUGGAGAGUGGGAAGUUUACUUCAGAAACCUGACCACGUCCCUGACCUCCAUGCUGGUGCUGCUCACUACGGCCAACAACCCCGAUGUCAUGAUCCCGGCCUACUCCAUAAACAGAGCUUACUCCAUUUUCUUUUUCGCCUUCAGUAUAAUCGGUACCUACUGUCUGAUGAACCUCCUGACCGCCAUCAUCUAUAACCAGUUCAGGGGAUAUUUGCUGAUGGCCGUCCAAACCUCCAUCAUCAGGAGACGACUGGGGAUCCGAGCUGCCUUCCAAGUUCUGAGCUGCCAGGGAGCCCAACAGGCUGCUGAGGAGCGUGUGCAGGUUGACACCGUCCUGGAUGUGAUGUCCAGAGUGAAGAUGAAAAGUUACUACAGAACGGCAGUCGUUACGGAGGCGCAGCAGUAUGCAGAGCUGGGCUACAUGGAUCUGAGGCAGUUCAGUAAGAUCUUUGAUGAACUGGAUAAGGACCGUAUCAAGGAGCAUCCUCCUCUGCCACAAUAUCAGUCUCCACUCCUGCAGAGACUACAGGACAUUUUCAGCCACUACUAUCUCACUAUAUUUGGCAACGUGGUGGCACUUGCUAAUGUUAUUUGCAUAUGUACCAUCCUGGUGUUGAAUUCUGAGAAGGCUACAUCACAAAGAGACAACAUCAUCUUAGAGAUUAUCAACCUGUGCUUCAUCCUUUACUACCUGUUUGAGAUGUCUGUGAAGAUCUUUGCCUUUGGCUGGAGAGGAUACCUCUCCUACAGGAACAACAUCUUUGAUGGGUUUCUUACACUUCUGCUGCUGGUUCUACAGAUCACUAUUGUUGCCACCUACAGACUAGAAUUUACUGAAUGGACCUCACCUUUGAGAAAUGUCAUGUCCCUGUGGGAAAUGGUUCGCUUGGUCAACAUGCUGAUCGUCUUCCGCUUCCUGCGCAUCAUCCCAAAUAUCAAGUUGAUGGCCUUAGUUGCCAGCACAUUGUUGGACCUAGUGAAAAAUCUGCGAGCCUUUGCAGGAAUACUAGUGGUUGUGUAUUAUGUGUUUGCUGUGUUUGGGAUCUGGCUUUUCGAAGGCGCGAUCAAACCUCCUCCAGAGAGCAGUGUGAUCACAAACACCUCUAUGGCCAAUAUCUCCUCUAACGUCAGUGUUCAGUGUGGUUCGUAUGAGCAGCUGGAAUACUGGCCAAACAACUUUAACGACUUUGCGUCAUCUAUCAUCUUGUUGUACGACAUCAUGAUCGUCAACAACUGGCAUGUGUUCAUGGAGGCGUACAGCAGAUACACCACAGAGUGGUCCAAGGUCUACUUUGUUUGUUGGUGGUUCACCUCCUCAGUCAUGUGGGUCAACCUGUUCGUGGCUCUGAUCUUAGAGAACUUCACCUACAAGUGGGACCGCAGUCACAGCUGCUCCGUCACUGACGUGGAGAAGAUCAGAUAUCAGACCUCAGUUCAACUCAUAUUCAGAGGGCAGAUUGAGGAGCCAACAGAAGAGGAAUUAAUCUGUCAGCUGCACCGACAUCCACACCUGCACCUGCAGGAGUCGCACACAGACACACACACAGACACACACACAGACACACACACUGAAAACAGCAUGCAAUGAUGAUGAAAAAGAAGACACUGUCUUGUGAACUUAUUUUUUACAAAAUCAAUUCUUUUUUAUGAGGCCAUUAAGACACACAUUUUUAAAAUCGUUCAUUUUAUUAUAGUAGGGUUAAAAUCACUGUCUGCUGAAUGGUACAGGGGGUCAAAGGUCACAGUAAAGGAUUAUCGUAGUGGAAAAUCAAUAAUUGUAAAAGAAAACACUUCAAUUUCACUGAUAAUGAAUGUUCAUGUUGUCAUGUUGAGUCACUUUGAAUGCUGUGUCAGUGAGAAUGAACAAGCAGAUUUUUUUAUCUGCUCAGAAAUGAUGAAACAUUGUCAUUUUUAAAUGUCUCUGUGAUUAUAAUGCACUGUUCUACUCUGACGACUUGGAUGAAUCCACUGUAUAAAUGUCUGCGGUGCUAACAUCUGUUGUUCUGUGCAGAACGUCUGUAAAAAGAAUUCUUCAGCUUCACUGAUGCAGAUGAUGAAUGAACGAAGCCAAAACAAGAGACGGGGUCAGAAUUUUUGUUCAAGUGUUAGGUUUAUUUAAUGUAGUAGUUUUAUUGUCUUUAAGACUAUUCUCUUGCAUUCUUUCUUUUUAAUAAGACUAUUUUUAAUCCCUUUUUAUUACUACUAUGUCCCUAUUUGUUCCCCCUGUUUUGUCCUUUUGCUAUUUCUGUCAAUUUACCUACUUUUUUUAGAUCUACCCUUAUCAUGCCCACAACAAUUUUCUGUUGUUUUUUUUUUUCCAAAACAAUUUAUCCAUUUUCUUACACCAACAGACGGAUCAGGGUGAGGAUCAUUCCAGAUGUCACCUUUUUUGUGUUGUUUUGUUUUUUAGAUAAAACCAAGUCUGUUUGGUGUUGAUAUAAAAAGGGGUUUAUAAGGAAUAUAAUACAAAGAAUUUAGAAAAGUGAAAGUGUGUUAGAAAAAAAAUGUUACUUACGUUAAUAAAAAUGCACUAAGAUUUUUAAAUAAAUAUGAAGAUGAAUGAUUUUUAUGACAUUAAA